AUGUGUAUGAACAAUUUGUUGGAGAACACUAUUGAUAACGGUUUCUCCGGAUGCUUUAAGUGUUCUUGCAAUAAUGGAUUGGAUGUUCUUUUUUGGGUUAAUAAUUGGUUGGGAGAGCAAUCUCUUUGCACGGAAUUUCCGGAUUUGUAUGAAUUGUGUCAUUGGAAGCGUUGUACGGUGGCGGAGGCGUAUAGGCGGAUAGGAGGAUCGGAUAGGUGGGAGUUUGGAGGUCUAUUUUCUGCCGGAGCUUCUCACGGCCUCUCCAAUUCAGCCGCAGCAGCAACCAGUCCAAAUUGGACUCGGUUUUGCGACCGCAUUCGGGGAUUCACGCCUAAUGAAGUUGGUUGCGACACUUUUGAGUGGUCUUUAGAUGAGUAUAAGGAAUUUACCGUUGCGAGCAUCACUCACGUGAUAGAUGGUGCCAAAUCAUUUGCUUGGGAUUAUCAUUUGGCUAAUUACUUGAAAGUGAUGUGGGAGCUAAAACUUCCACCCAAGAUUAAGGUCUUUGCUUGGAGAUUCUUUAUUGACCGGCUUCCUACUAGAGAACAAUUAUUGAAAAGAGGUGUUGCUAAUGUUUCGAGCCCGGAGUGUGUGAUGUGUGGUUCUUCCGUUGAAUCAUCUUCUCAUCUUUUUUUCACUUGUCAAGUGGUGAAAAUAAUUGGGAAACAAGUUUUUAUUUGGCUCGGAAUUUCGGAGGCGAUCAAUGUGGAGGAGAUCCUUUGUUUCGGUGCUAUUCAAGAAAAGGUGAAGUGUCGCAAGCGAAGAAUUUUAAUCAAUUUUGUUUGGGUGGCUACUAUUUGGAGCAUUUGGAUUAUGAGGAAUGCGAUUAUCUUCAAGGGGGAGGAGUUUUGCUUUGAUGUUAUUUGUUCUAACAUUGUUUUUCUUUCUUGGAGAUGGUUGUAUAGCGGAUAUACUAAGUUUAGACCAACCUAUUAUGAGUGGUUUAAACUUCCUUUAUCCGACACAAGCAAUCUUUAA